AUGAAGCUAGGUGUGGCCGCCCAGGAGCAGAUCCAGUCCUGCCUACAGCCGAACUCCCAGGCCACUCGGUGCACCAUCCCCCACGUGCACCUGUUCUCCAUGGUGCCCUACGUGUUAAUGUCGCAGCGUCAAGUCCGAUCCCCUGGAAGGCGUGUGCCUGCGGGACAGCGGCUGCAGAUGUUCUGGCACCCCGCUGCCUCCUGGCCUUUCCCUGGCAUCUUCUCUCUCAAGUACCAUAUCCGCUACCGGCGCCAUGGAGCCUCUCACUUCCGCCAGGUGGGAACCAUUGAAGCCACGACCUUCACCCUGAGGGCUGCGCAGCCCCAUGCCAAGUACUUUGUCCAGGUGUCAUCCCAGGGCUUCAUGGACUAUGGGAAACCAAGUGACUGGAGCCUCCCCGGGCAAGCGGAGAGGACUCCCCAGAAUGCAUAA